CUUUUUUUUAUUUUUGAAAUAUGUUGUGGCGUUGUAACUACCAACUAUCAAAGCUUGUCGGCUGUGGUGUCUCACGUUCAAUAAAUGUCUGGAUUUUGCCAAACUGGCAACUGUCUCAUUGGUGGUUCAAAAUGAAAAUAAAAAUUUAAUAGAUAUUUACUUUGCUUAUAUACUCCUCUUCCUAUGAGUCAUUGAUUCAAUUACAAUAGCAAUUGGUUAGCUAGCUUCUCCUUUGUUCUUUUUUUCUUUCCCUUCUUUACUCUUUUUUGCUAGCUUUGAACCAAACCCACUUGAUCAUUUUUAAUCUUCUGAUGCUUUUCUUGUGGAUUUUCUUGUUUUCUUUUAUUUUCUUCUUUAAUUCAUUCUCUUUCAAGCCACCCCCACCAAUGAAGAGUGAGUGGAGAUUGUUGUUGUCACCUUUGUUUUGGGAGGAGCUUUCAAGAUUUUUACUGUCUUGGUUUCAUAAAAAUUGGCUUUCUAUUGGUGUCCACCAAGUUCCCAUGAAAAUGCCACUGAAGAAGAUCAAUCUUGGUUUAAAACCGGCAGAAUAUGUGGAGGAAGAGAGCCCUUCUCUUCUGGAUUUGCCUGAAUUAACCUUGGAGAGCAUUCUUGAGAGGCUUUCACCAUCUGGGUUAUGUAGCAUGGCCGGAGUUUGCAGCGCUUUGCGAGACAGGUGCACAAGUGAUCAUCUAUGGAAGAGACACCUGAAGCAGAAAUGGGGUGGACUAAUCGGUGAUGCUGCUUUUAAGGAAUGGCAAUGUCACAUAGCUUCAAGCAAGAGGCCUAGCCUUGUGGAUCAAAGGAAUCACAAGAAUUUUUUUAAAUCUCUUGGUACUGUUUGGUCAUUUUCUUGGAUUAAACCCAAGUUUGAAACUAGAAACCACCCAAGAACUGCUUUACCAGUUGAUUCAAUCAUGGCUAUGUAUCUCUCUCUUGAAAGAGGCAAAUUCUGGUUCCCAGCUCAGGUCUAUAACCGUGAGAAUGGACAUGUCGGGUUUUUGCUCUCCUGUUAUGAUGCUCAAAUAAGUUAUGAUUCCAGGACAGACACAUUUCAGGCAAGGUACUCUCCUUACGGGCGGCGAAUGAUAGAAGAAAGCAUACACUGGGAUAGGCUAAGAGCACCACCUGUUGAUACUCCUGCACAUGAUCUUCACAUUUCUGACUGUUUAAAUGACUUGAAACCUGGUGAUCAUAUUGAGAUUCAAUGGAGAAGAAGCAAAGAAUUUCCUUAUGGAUGGUGGUAUGCUACUGUCGGUCAUGUGGAAACGUGUGAUGGAAAUGAAAAUCGCUGUCCUUGUCAAUAUAAUGAUAUGGUGGCAUUGGAUUUCAACCAAUAUCCCCCAGGGUCUAGAUGGAGAAGAACCACAGUAAACAGGAAGGAGCACAGGGAAGAAGGAAAUGAAGCUGAUGGGUUUUAUGGAGGAAUUAGAAAACUUUACAAGCAAGAAGAAAUCUCAACUUGGAAGAAGCUUUGGCCUAACCAAGUCUUUGAAUAGUAUGAUAAUUAUAUUAUUAUUAUUAUUAUUGCAUUUUCACUCAUUUCUCUCUGUAAAUAGUCCUCUUUUUAGAGUCAUAAAUUGCUUUUCUAGAGAGGUGGUUUUCGUUAGGCUGCAUAAGAUUUUGUUAAUCUCUCAGAGAUUUAUAUGUAUUCUAAUUUUGUAAUGGAGAAACAUUUAGAGUAUACAGAUUAGCAGUCUUACAGAGAAAUGCAGAUAUUGAUGCUUGUGCAAAGAUGAGCAUUAGGCUUCAAUACACUUCCUUUCCUUUUCUUUUC